GGAGGGAGGGCGCCGGGCUGCGCUGCUAGUCUGGAGCGGAGCCUGGCAGCGGCAGGAGCGGCGGCGCGGGGGUGCGGAGCAGCCGGAGCCUGCUGGACGGAGGCAGCCCCGUCCCCCUCCCCCUCGCCUCUUUCUUUGUGCGCAGGGCAGGGGCGGCCCCGAUCCAUGGUCAUGGGCGACAAGAAGAGCCCGACCAGGCCGAAAAGGCAAGCCAAACCUGCAGCCGACGAAGGCUUUUGGGAUUGUAGCGUGUGCACCUUCAGGAACAGCGCCGAAGCCUUCAAGUGCAGUAUCUGCGAUGUCAGGAAAGGCACCUCCACAAGAAAACCUAGAAUAAACUCUCAGUUGGUGGCACAGCAAGUUGCCCAGCAAUAUGCAACCCCACCACCACCUAAGAAGGAGAAGAAGGAGAAAGUGGAAAAACAAGACAAAGAAAAACCUGACAAAGAGAAGGAAAUUAGUCCAAGUGUUACAAAGAAGAACGCUAACAAGAAGACUAAACCAAAGUCAGACAUUGUGAAAGAUCCUCCUAGCGAAGCGAACAGCAUACAGUCUGGGAAUACUACAACAAAGACCAGCGACUCAAAUCACACUUCAAGACCCAGACUGAAAAAUGUGGACAGAAGUACCGCACAGCAGCUGGCAGUCACAGUGGGGAAUGUCACAGUAAUUAUCACAGACUUUAAAGAAAAGACUCGCUCUUCUUCCACGUCGUCUUCUACAGUGACCUCCAGUGCAGGAUCAGAGCAACAGAAUCAGAGCAGCUCGGGCUCUGAGAGCACAGACAAGGGCUCGUCCCGUUCCUCCACGCCAAAGGGGGACAUGUCAGCAGUCAACGAUGAAUCUUUCUGAAAAUUGCACAUGCAGUUGUGGAAACUAUGAAUUCAGGGUAUGAAAUUCAAACACUCCACCUGCCCAUGCUGUUCAGAUCCUGGAGAGCCUCUUCUGUGCUUGAACACACACACUCGGACAUCGACCUCUUACUGAUGCAACCAGGAUAACUUCUGCUUGCCGUGGGCAUCUGGACACCAAGGAAUUUCUCACCCUGACGAUUACUCUUGACACUUUUAUGUAUUCCAUUGUUUUAUAUGAUUUUCCUAACAAUCAUUUAUAAUUGGAUGUGCUCCUGAACCUACUUUUUUAUAAUAUCUGCUGUGCACAAUUUUCCAUGAACAUUACAACUUUUUGUUUUGGGGUAGGGAGCGGGUGGGGAGGGAAGGGGGCUUUAUUUAUUGCAUUCACAAACUCCAUCCUCUUUCAACAUAUCCUUUUUAAGUUCAGUUCUUCUUCCAGUUAUACUGUGUACUAUCAGUUUUGAUAUAAAUUAUAUAUAAAUAUAUAUAUAAAUAAAUAUAUAUAAAGGGUUAUUUGAAACCAAUACAUGGAAACGCUGGUGCUUGAAACACUGUGAAGUGAAAAAAAAAAAUCAUUUUUGAACAGUUCAAGAUCUGGGACAGUCCCCUUCUGUGAAAGUACUGAAACUGAAAUGGAACUGGUCUUAGGUGAAAAGCGUUCCUGAAGGUUUGAAUCUGGAUGGGACCUGUUCUCUCUAUUGUUCCUUCCCCGUUUCUUCCCUAAGCAAUGUCUAAAAUGUACUGGACACACGGUUUUGAUUUUUAUAGCUUGGGAUCUGAAAUGAGAAAAGAUUACUCCAGGUAGCUUGUAUUUCCCUGAGGGUAAUUCAGAUUGGUGAUGUGCAAGUUCAUGUCCAGCUGGAGCAUAAGCAUUCGCAACUGGAGUGGUACUGGCAUGGCACAGAGUCAUUGUUUUAGUAACAUGACUAUCACUCUUGUGCGUAGCCAAUCCCACAGAUGUUUGGUGUUCUUAGAUUUAAUAAAUUUAGUCCAUCUGCAUCAGUGACCAAGAUAACUUUAGAACUGGAGUGGUUUGCUUUGGGUUAGAAGGCAGCAGGGAGCCGUAGGGCUGGGAGUGAUUGCAGGUUGAGGGAGCAAGCUGGUGCUCAUUCCAGCCCGUGGCAUGUGGGUCAGUCCUCGUCUGUCCCAUCUGUGCUGUUGGGGUGGCUCUUCUUGAAAUCCAUCUCUGUUCCAAGAGUGGUUUCUGAACAGAAUCUCCUCCAGUGAUGAUGCUGGGCUUGUCAGCGUUUGGACACUUCUCAGUCUCCUGUGAUGGGAGCAAAAGUAGGGAAAAACUUUCAUGCUGGCAAGUGAGUGGCACGUGUGGCUCAUGCUCAUUACCAGCAUCUCCUUCGUUCUUGCUCUAAAGCUAUUCAGACUGUAAUUUCUUUUCUUGGCCUGUUAAUGUUGCUUUACAGUUUACCUUCCAUGCAUUAUCCUGCUAAAACACUAGGCUGAAGAGGUGAAACAGAACAACAAAUCCCAAACCUUUUUGGCUUUUCGUCUUUAUUUAGUGGCCCCAGGGUGCUUUGCAGUAAUUUCAGGUGCAGAGGCUAUGGCUUCAUUUGACAUCAAAUGCAUAACUUUCGGGCAUGAUGAAAGAGGGCCGCAUUUCGACAACUUUGUGCCAGCUUGUUAUAUUGUGAAUUACUUGCUUAGCAAGAGUAAUUUCUCUUUGUGGAGGCAACUGAUUUAAGAUUUCUUUUAAAAUCUGUGUGGUUUUGAGUAGCAGACAUAGGUUCCUUUCACACUGGCGACAGAAAUGUGUGAGUAGGGAUCUGUUACAGCCCCAGCUCCAAGGUAUGUGCAGUAGCAGUGCCUUUGCAGCAGUGGUUUUACUCUGAAACUUUAACGUGGGCACCCCAACUUAAUUUUGCUUAUAUUCACAGUAUAGGCUGUCUUUACCUUUUUAAGCAUUUUUAAAGUAUUAAAAGAACCAAAGGAAACCAGAUGCUUCCUAUGAGCAUCAAGACAAUUUAUUAUACAUAGUUUUAAAUACUAUGACUUUCUCAAUCCACAAUUUAACAUUAGUGGGAUAUUGCAAAGACAUUCCUUUUCCAGUUUUUACUAUUCCUUUAAGGGUCUCAGGGAGGGUAAACUGGUCAGCCAUAUUUAUUUAUUUUACUGAAAUGUAUUGGAAUAAUUUUUUAAGAGAGAUUUUUUGAAGAUGCCCCCGAACUUGUAUAUUUUGCACUGCUUUAUAAAUGAUCCAUUUUCAAUUAGGCUUGCGUGCAUCUCGGCCAUGAUCCAGCGAAGAGUGUGAGCCAUUGGUGAGUCCCUCUGGCUUCAGGCGGGGCUAAUUCUGGUGCUUCAAGUCAAACUAUGUGCUCGCCUUCUUCACUGAAUCUGGGAUUUUGUGCAAAAACAAAAUAAAGCGUUGUGUGUACCAGGAAAUGGCUUCUUUUUCAAGUGAAAAUGGACCUGUAGAUCAGUUGAAAAAGCUUUAAGGCCGUAACCAGCUACUCAUGGCUAUUGGUAAAGUCGGUAACAUCUGUCUCUUUGGGUGUGCCUCCUUGAUAAAGCAGCUUAUUAUAAAUAAGUGGGAAAAUUUCUUUGGAACAAGUGACCUGUAAUUCUGCGUUCAGUAGAAAUUGCUAGCUAAGCAUUGAACCUCCCCAGCCUCAUCCGUAGCUGUUGUGUUGUGGAUUUGACAGAUAGUGUUUGCUUUUACACUUAAUUUCUGAAGUUAGCAUCCUGACGACAUGUGUCCAUGGGUGGGAUUCCCUCUGCGUUAUCCCACUGUUGGUGGGGAACGUGCUUAAGAACCAAACCAACCAAAACACUAGCAUAGGGGAAGGACGGAUUCGUGGUGUUCAGUGGCACAGAAAGCAGGUAAGUAAAGCACAGUGUUACGUUUGCAAAGUUUCAACUCUUACACAGACACACACACACAGACACCAACACAGCUUGCCUGACUUGCUCAGUUUGAUGUAGUUCUGCAAAGGGAAAAUGACAGCGUUUUACACCACCAGGCUAUUUAUUUUAAUUGGAACACUUUGCUUGUUUCAAAUUGGACAGAUCAAAACAAUUGGCAGCAGCUUCUGUGACUUUAUUUCCACUGAGAUGUUUUCACCUGCCUUACCAAGAUCAUUCUCAGUCUACUUUUUUAAGCUCUACCGUACACUUAAAUUAUUGAAAAUUUAUUAAUUGCUGACUAUAUGAUAACCUUUGCUUGUAUGUAACCGAAUGGUUUUAAGAGCCAACAUUUAGAGUAUGACAAUGGAGCUGAACAGUUUUUAAUGCGCAAGCAGUUCUGUUCUUGUGUAUGACUUGUAACCUUAAUUUACUGUGUAAAGAUGGUUACAUUAUUUCCUUAGCUUUGUUUGUUGGAGACAAAUAUAGAAUGCUUGUUUAAGUAUGUCAAAACAUAAUCUUAUCUUGUGGAUUUUUAUGUUAAUGUAUUAUACGAGCUAUAUUUUUCAUUUGCCCAGAAAGACAGCUUGUAUAACGCUCUUGAAAGUUUUUCCGCUCUGUAAAGUCUUUAGAGCUGACAGUCCUGUUAGGUUUGUUUUAAUCUUCAUGCUAAAGUGUCAAUGGUGGUUUUGUGAACUGGUCAGAAAUUCACAGGUCUUAAAUGUUUUUGGGAAAUUUAUAUUGGACACUGCUCUUUGUCUAGCAAAUAAAAGAUGUUAAUAUAUUCCUGUUACUGGCAUGUGCACGACUGUUAUUAGAAGCCACUUUAUCAUUUUCCUGCUUUAAAUAGAAAUGUCUAUUUAUGAAUUCUGCUUGUAGUUUUUUCACAAAUAAAAUAGUAAAAUUUAAUUAAA